GUUCAGGGCGGGGCUGCACCUGUGCAGGUGAGGACGGGAGGAGGCUGGUUUCACUGAUGUGUCGUGUGAGAGAGGGCAGAUCUAUGAAACUCUCGGUAUUCAGCGGGCGUUUCCUAGAAGCUGAGCGUUUUGUAGGUCCGUGAAAUACUCCUAUACGGAGCGAGGAAGGGUUACAAAAUAUUUACCAGAUUUGACUGCUUUGGUAAGGAAGAGGAUUUCACCUAGAUAACCCUGUGAAGUUUGUCCAGGAAACUAACAUCAUGCCGAAAAAAUCAAGUCGCCCUCCUGCAUAUGGUGGCAGACAUCACCACCGAUCCUCCCAUCGCACACCUUCUUACCACCCUGAUGAGAUGCUUCACUUUUACCGCUGGACGUCACCCCCUGGUGUCAUGAAGAUUUUGUGCAUCAUUAUCAUCAUUUUGUGUGUGGCUAUGUUUGCCUGUGUAGCCUCCACACUGGCAUGGGACUAUGAUGCCAGCGCCAUGGGCCUCGGGGGUCUUGGGAUGGGAGGCGGCUAUAGCGGUGGAUCGUAUGGUGGUGGAUCGUAUGGCGGUGGAUACGGCGGUGGACUUGGUGGAUAUGGAGGAAGUUACGGUGGGGGUCUCGGAGGCUAUGGAGGCGGCACAUACAUGGACCCGAAAUCAGGCAAGGGCUUCAUCAUAGCGAUUGCGGCAAUCACUUUUAUCGCUGUGCUCAUCAUCUUCAUCCUGGUGGUGUCGAGACAGAACACUUCACAGUCUCCCUCAUUCUAUCUGGCCUCCAUCAUUAUUUGUGCCAUUCUGGCUUUACUCAUGCUCAUCGCCACCAUCGUGUACCUGGUUGCUGUUAACCCCACUUCUCAGACGUCUGGAUCCAUGAUGUAUAAUCAGAUCUUGCAGAUGUGUGCACAAUACAAGAACCAAGAUCAGGCCUCUGGCAUCUUCAUCAAUCAGUAUUUAUACCACUACUGUGUAGUGGAGCCUGAAGAGGCCAUUGCCGUUGUUCUUGGGUUUCUGGUUGUGGUUGGAUUGAUCAUCUUACUCGUGUUCGCGGUGAAGACCCGAGGGCAGAUCAGGAGAUAUGGCAGGGAGCGUGUUCUGUGGUAUGACGUGAAGACCAUCACCGACGGCCUCACGUCUCAAGGCAUCGGGGAAUGGGUUAAAAAUGUUUCUGGAGAUCCAGAGGCUUUUGUCAAUGACCACAAUGAUCAAAUCAGGGUUACACAGCCAAUGGUUUACAGCCAGAAACCAAUUUACCUUCCAAGUGGUUCUGACGUGACAAGCUCUUUAAGUGGACUGAAGGGCAAACUAAGAGACUAUGACACUGGAGAGUCUGGAGAUGAGCUGGACACUGACUAUCAAAGUGAGUAUCCUCCCAUCAUGAAUGAGCAGGAGAGGCUUGAGUACAAGAGAGAGUUUGAUAGAGACCAUAUGGAUUACAAGCGUCUUCAGGCUGAGCUAGAUGAUAUUAAUCAGGGCUUGGCAGAAACAAAUCGAGAGCUGGACAGCCUGCAGGAAGGCAGCCCACAGUUCAUGGAUGCCAUGGAUGUAUACAACAGGCUUAAAAGUUUGAAGAAGUCUUCAGACUAUCAGAUGAAAAAGAAAAGGUGUAAACAGCUGAAGACAAAACUGUCCUUGAUCAAAAGAAGGGUCAGCGAUUAUGACCACAGACAAUAAAAACUGGCACUGGAAACUCUGGAGGGUAUAUUACGUGACAUGUUUUGUUUUGGGACUUUACUGUAUCUGUAUUUCUGUAUUAAAAAUCUGUAUCACUGUAUUACUAUCAAGAACUGUGUGGCUGCUGUAUGACAGGUUUUUGCUUUUGAGCCAAACUAAGCUUGAUCAAAAUAUUGUGGUAUCAAUGAAGUAUUUUGUUUUAUUUUUUUAAAGUUAGAUGAAGUCUCCUUUUAUCUUUAUCCUCAGACAUUUAGUCAAGUCAAAGUUAGUGUAUCUUAUAUGAGACUGUGGCCACUUUUUGCUGUAGUUUUAGGGAUCUUCAAGCAAAGACGUUCCAAUGUUGUUUGUUAUAAUGAUUUCUUAGUGGAUUUUCUUUUUUUAACUUUCUUUUUUUUUUUUUACUUGUUGAUUGAUUGGUCACCAGAAUAGCAAUCUAUUCUUUUUUUAAGUACACAUUUAUAGAAUAGGUGUGAAUUCAAUUUCAAUUAUAACAUUUAUAUAUAUAUUGGUUCUUUAAGUCAAUUCUGUCGAAUUUAUAGAGAAUUCAGGCAAAUUGUGUUGAAUGUACAGUACAUUU